AUGGGAAGUUCUAAUUGCUUGCAAACGUCGAGUAUAUGCGUGUUCUUCGCAGUUGAGUUGCUGAUAUAUUUCAUAAAACCUUUGAAUGCAGAGAAGUUAGUAAAUGGAACUUGCCCAUCUAAACAAAGGACAUUUUGCUAUGAUGGCAUUAUUGUUCCAAUGUGGAGACCAUCAACUGGUAUUACUGCUGGAGAUAAGGCUGCUAGGGCCAUAGUUUAUUUCGCAGCAUUAAUGUAUUUAUUCCUGGGUGUGUCAAUUAUUGCCGACCGUUUUAUGGCUGCGAUUGAAGUAAUUACUUCCCAAGAAAAAGAAGUCACAAUUCGGAAAAAGAAUGGCGAAACACAGACGGUAUCCGUUCGUAUCUGGAAUGAAACAGUCUCCAAUUUAACUUUGAUGGCACUUGGGUCUUCUGCACCUGAGAUAUUGUUGUCUGUAAUAGAAAUAAUUGGAAAGAAUUUUGAAGCUGGAGAUUUGGGGCCUGGAACAAUUGUUGGCUCUGCUGCAUUUAAUUUAUUCGUUAUCAUCGGUGUUUGUGUGUUGGUUGUUCCUGAUGGCGAGAUUCGUAGAAUAAAACAUUUAAGUGUCUUUUUCAUCACGGCUUCAUGGAGUGUAUUCGCUUAUCUUUGGAUGUAUCUCAUUAUUGCAGUUUUUACUCCGGGCUCUGUCGAGGUUUGGGAAGCGCUGCUUACUUUCAUUUUCUUCCCAGUCAUUGUUAUUUGUGCAUAUAUUGCGGACACUAAGAUUUUCUUCAAAAAGUUUUUGAGAAAAAAAUAUCGUGCUACUGCUUUGAUGAAAGCGGCUAAUGGUGAUUUGGAGUUAGCUAAUCAUACUGAAGAAGUAACUUAUACACCCGAGCAGACAGACGUGCUCCUUGAGGAGUCAGAAUUUGAUCGACAUAGAAUGGACUAUGUUGAGGCAAUUAAAGAAAUCAGGAAAAGAAAUCCAAAUAUUGGAAUGAAGGAGUUAGAAGAAUUGGCUCAAAUAGAAGUAUUAAAUAAGGGUCCGAAAUCUAGAGCUUAUUACCGAAUGCAAGCCACACGUCAGUUGACAGGUAGUGGUAAUGUUAUUAAGAAGGCUAAAGUUGAACGCAGAAUGUCUUUUGAUGAUUCCCACACGACAACUGAGGCUUACCCUCCACAUGUCCAGCGGUUCUUUUUCAAUCCGGGGCAUUAUACUGUGAUGGAAAAUGUUGGGACUUUUCCAGUUACAGUUACUCGUGUAGGUGGAGAUAUGCAUGCCGUUGUUUCCGUGGAGUACUUUACUCUUGACGGAACUGCUGUUGCAGGUGAAGAUUAUGAGCCAGCCAAAGGAAUUCUGUUGUUUGCAUCAGGAGAGACGCACAAACAAAUAAUGAUCUCAAUAAUAGAUGAUGAUAUCUUUGAAGAAGAUGAACAUUUCACUGUUCACCUGAGAAACCUAGAAGUAAAGGAUUCCCGAAAUCGAGUGGAACCAAUUUUAAUUGAUCCUAUGGUUGCGACAGUUAUGGUUUUGGAUGAUGAUCAUUCUGGAGUCUUUCAGUUUGAUGUUAAUGAAGUUACUGUCAGCGAGUCGUGUGAAUUUGCUGAAGCUAAAGUGCAACGCGUUUCCGGUUGCCGUGGAAUUGUUCGUCUUCCAUAUCAAACUGUUGAAGGUACAGCCAAAGGGGGAGGGAAGGAUUUCGAAGAUGCUGUUGGAUAUAUAGAAUUUCAGAACGAUCAGACUGAAGGUACAAUUCGAAUUCGGGUCGUCGAUGAUAAUAAUUACGAGAAGUCAGAAUACUUUUAUGUACAACUUGGAGAACCAAUCCUUGUGGACAAAGAUGCUGUAGCAGUACGACGAUGCAUGGAUAAAUUUCGUCGAGCACGUGAAUCAAUCAAAGCAAUUAUUGACUGGGAAACAGCACCAAGUAGUCUGUUCUCACGGUUUACUCAACGUUCAGAUAGUUUAGCCAGUAAUGUAAAGCGUCAUUCCCUUGCGCCUCACAAUAAGGAUGAGACUCCUAAUCUGUUAAAUCCACGUAAAUCACUUGGCUUAGUAGAAACUGGGAAACCGAGACUAGGACAACAAACAAGAAUCAAGAUUACAAUAACAGAGAGUACUGAAUUUAAGCACACAGUUGAUCGAUUAGUUAAACAAGGUAAAUGGUCACUAGUGGUUGGUACAUCGUCUUGGAAGGAACAAUUCAUUGAGGCGAUCACUGUCAGUGCUGGUGGUGAAGCUGAAGGCGAAGAAGAAGAAAAAUUACCCACGUGUAUGGAUUAUGUGAUGCACUUUCUAACAGUUUUCUGGAAAGUUCUCUUCGCAUUUGUCCCACCAACAGACUAUGGUGGUGGUUGGUUUUGCUUUACUGUUUGCAUAUUAGUCAUUGGUGUGUUAACAGCAGUCAUAGGAGAUAUAGCAUCUUCAUUCGGCUGUUGCGUUGGACUGACUGACGCUGUGACCGCGAUUACAUUUGUUGCACUUGGUACUAGUUUACCAGACACAUUCGCAAGUAAAGUUGCUGCUGUCGGUGAUCAGUAUGCCGAUUCAUCUAUUGGUAAUGUAACAGGUAGUAAUGCCGUCAAUGUAUUCUUGGGUAUCGGCUUAGGCUGGAGCAUAGCAGCUAUCUAUCAUGCUAUAAAAGGAACUCAAUUUCUAGUUCAACCAGGAUCAUUAGGUUUCUCUGUAACAAUAUUUUGUAUAUUCGCGUUAGCUGCUAUCGCGUUAAUAUUAUUUCGGCGUAAAAAAUCAAUCGGUGGUGAACUGGGUGGUCCGAAAGUAGCUAAAUACCUUUCAGCUACAUUUUUAUUCUUUUUAUGGUUCGUUUACAUUCUAUUGGCUGGUCUGGAAAACUAUUGUAUCAUUGAAGGCUUCUAA